GCACAAAACGGUUCCCUGAGCUAUCCUUCCUAGCGGUCAACAGUCUUGUUCGAACCAUCAUCGGAAAUGAACGCGCGCUUGUCGUCUCAUACUUGAGUAUUUUUUUUUCAUUUCAUCCAACAGACUAUUUUGAUUUUUCGAUCAUUGCAAACCCGAAGGACAGUGGAUGGUGUUUUUUGUGCUGUGUCAGUGCUAAGAUCACUAUUAGGAUUAUUUUGUGUUUUUUCACUGCUGAAAGAUGCCGAAGAUUUUCCUUAUCAAAGACCGACUGCAGCAGCAGCAGUUGCGUCUGCAGGAAAGCCAGAAUGCCACCCAAAACAAAAGGGACCUUGUCAUUGGAGCCGCCCCCAACCAGGACACGCAACCCCUGAGUUUGAUCGUACACAAGAAAAAUAAUGAAUCUCCUAUAAGACCACAAAAAUCGAAAACCCCCCAACCCGAGGUUGAAGACAAAAAAGGCAAACCCUUCCGCUUCAAGUCGUCCAUAUUAGGGGGCGGAAUUCCUUAUGGCGGUCACGUAUCGACGCGAGCCGAACGAAAAGAGUACGCACCUUUACCGUGCGGUGGCGCGGAAAAGGUGACGAUACCACCUUGCAAAAAACCACCAGAAAAUGUACCGAAAGCGCAGAAUUUGGCGCCGGUAAGGCAGAGUGUUAUACAGCGAACCCCAAAGACAACGACAAAUAAGAAGGAUGAAGUCGAUACGAGAAUUCCGCAGCACAUCGCUAUGCAGCAGGAACCCGAGCAGGAUCAGCCUAUCGACUACCACAUCCCCAAGCGGAAAGGAGAGGUUGAAGACGAAAAUGAAGAGAAACGAAUUAGAGAGCAGAGAAGAUCUCACUGCAGCAAAGUGAGCAAACCUUUGAUUUCCGUAAGGACAAUAGUCGGAAAACUUCCAACGACGAUGUCAUGCGCUGCAGGACAUGGAAGGGGUUCCUCUACAGGACAAGCUGGCGGAAAUACUAACGGUGCUAGCUCUGGCGGGUCGGGAGGAACGAUAAACUUUUCUUCCGGUGGAUCCAGUGGAGGAGGCGGCGGCGCUUUAGGGAGCGGUACCGGCGGCGGCGGUAUGAAUCCUGGAAGGGAUGGAAGGCAGAAUUACGGCCCUAGCAGUCCGCCAACUGGAAGUUUGCCGCCUUUCUACGAAUCUCUUAAAGGAGUAAAUAACGGAAACAACUUCAACGCUGGAGGUAAUUUUUCAUCGAAUUACCUUAUUUCUAAUCACAAUAACAUGGAGUGCGAUACUGGACAAGAGUUGGCGAAUUUGAGUAUAAACGGUUGUCAAAGUCCGCCGAAACAGUAUUCCACCUUACAGAAUGCUUCGUAUGGCAUAGUAAUGAAAGAUGAAACUGACUUGGAUUUAUACGAUUCCAAAAUGGACCCCAUGAAUCAAUUGGUAGGCAAUUAUUCCAACUAUGACGAAUCCAUGAUGGUCGACAUGGUUUCUGGUGCAGUCGUGGAUCCUUUACAAUUCACUGCAACAUUAACAUUCAGUAGCUCUGCUGAACAUGCGUUGUUGGAAAGUUUGGGGGAUGCCACCGAUUUAUCGACGUUCUUACAACGAUUGCCCAGCGAUGAUAACAACGAUGACGAUAUUAACUCGGGCAGUAUCCACUCCCCCGACUCGUCACACCUCCAACAAGUUGAAAACUUGGACUCGUUCAGCGAGGGUAUCUUAAACAGGAACUACGAUAGGGGCUCAUAUAACCACAACUUUAAUAAAAUCUACCAAGACACCCUCCCAUCGUAUCAAUCCUCGGUGAACGGUGAACUGAACGUGCAACUACAACAAAACCAAAUGCUAUCGCCGACCUUAUCGUUUAACGGAAACGGCUUGGACUUGGACUCACCGACGACGAUGUCCCUGCCCAGCCCCGGAGCCGCCAGUUGCAGCUUGGAGGGCCCCCAUGACGGAGGCUCUACAACACCACCAGCUAAUGUGAGUUCCUCCAGAAGGGAUAGCGUCAGUAGUGAGACACCGUCGCUACAGGGCAGAGUAAAUGUCUUGCACAGGUUGGGACUGUCAUCCGAAGUUCAGUUGGAGUUCGUUAAUGGAGGACACGGCAUCAAGAACCCACUGGCAAGUCAGGAGACAGUAAGGACUGGAAGCACCAGAACCGAAGAAAAAACCAAAGUGGCUUCAAUCACAACCGAAGACGGACAGACAAGCUUUUGCUGUCGCAUCUGCAAUAAAACUUUCACCUUGCAGAGACUCCUCAACAGGCACAUGAAAUGCCACUCCGACGUCAAGAGAUACCUUUGCACUUUCUGCGGAAAAGGUUUCAAUGAUACUUUUGACUUAAAGAGGCACACACGCACACAUACAGGAGUGAGACCGUACAAGUGCAGCCUGUGCGAGAAGAGCUUCACGCAGCGGUGUUCCCUGGAAUCUCACUGCCUAAAAGUCCACGGCGUGCAACACGCGUACGCGUACAAAGAGAGGAGAACCAAGGUGUACGUUUGCGAGGAAUGCGGACACACCACCAACGAGCCCGAGGUGCACUAUUUGCACCUGAAAGAAAAGCAUCCGUACAGUCCGGCCCUGCUCAAGUUCUACGACAAACGCCACUUUAAAUUCACCAACUCGAACUUUGCUAACAUGCUUCUGCAAGUACGUACAUAAGUUAUCUAAUGGAUGCUUACGACUCUCACUCAACACUUAUCUCUACUACUUCCGAGCGAUGGUUCGCAAAAUAAAGAGAGAACCGUCGCCAUAUUUAUUAUUUAUUUAGAUAUUUAUACAUAUAGUAGACCGCCGCCGUCCAUUCUGUUUACAUAAAGUAGAUUUGUUUGUCUUUUUUAAUUCUCUUCUGUGAUAAAGUAUUAUUAUGUCUCUCACUGACUCAACUGACGGAUAACUUAAUUGACGAUCUGCAGGAAAUGGAAAGUAAAACGUCUUCGUCUGCGUCUCUGAAAAGUCACCUUACGUAUCCGAGAGGAAUUCUUGGGACUUGAGCGUACGAUGAACGUAAGAAACAAAGGAACAUAAUUAAAAUCGGGUUUAUUGUGCAAUCAAGGUGGCAGGAACUGGGUUUAAUUAAUUUUGUAAGUUAGCUUAAGUUCAACUGUAUAGACUUAUGUACUACUUACUCUGGAACGUAGUUAGAAUUUAGAAUGAAAAAUCUCUUCUCACCAUCGUGUUUUUAUAUUUAUUUAUAUAUCACUUAGACGUAGAGAAUUACUUUUUCUCUUUCUUAAAUUAAAAAGGUUAAGGUUUAAAGUUAAUUCUGAACUUUAACACGUUCCUGGAUCAUCUGGUGCUUCAUAGAUUUAAUUAAUAAUUAAUUAAAAAUAAGCCUAUGGUGCUACAGAAUUAUGAUUUUACAUUCUCUCUUAUUGUAUUUCAUUGGAGGAAUUAUUUGUUUUUCAUUGACAACGAACAACACUAUGCAAUACUUUUUGUACUUAGUCUUGUUGAAAGUGAGAAAUUGUUAAUAUUUUGUAUUUUUUGUAUGAAUGUUGUGUUUUUUGUAUAUAUAAAAAAGUUAUUUAGGAUUUAUCUACUAUAAGUACCUUUUUUUAUUAAUCUUAUAGUUGAACUAAUUUUGUUUGACAUUGUUGGUUGUACUAUUUAAUUUUAUUUGCCAGUGUACCUAUGAAAUGUUGACACAAGAAUUAUAUAAUUUAUCUUUUUUUACUCCCCCCCAUCUCACACUCACAUCACAGUAUUCAAAUCAGCUAGAAUUUUGUAUAAAUAUUAUUUUGUAUAGAACUGAGUAGUGUUUGUAAAACUGCUUUUCUUUAAAAAAAUUAUUAGCUUUAAUUGUUUGUAUUCAUAACCUUUCUUCCAAUAUCACUUAAUGUUAUAAUGUAGAUCAA